AUGGGCGUCGAAGCUCUGCAGACACGAGCAGCACGCAGGGAUGACAGAGAAGAACGAAGAGUUUUGUUCAAGUGGCUAGAUCCAAGUUCAAUCAAUGUUAACGAGAACUUAGAGGAGGGUUUGAAACAUCAUCAUCCUGGAACAGGCAGUUGGUUCUUCGAGUCCGCAACCUACAUAUCUUGGUCGAGCGGGCCAUCAACCCUCCUGUGGAUAAAUGGGAUCCCCGGUAGUGGGAAGACCGUCCUGGCGUCUUCCAUUAUUCAAGCGCUUCGUGCACAGACUGCUGAACCAGCAAUGAGCUUGGUGUAUUUCUACUUUGACCACAGAAACUCAGCGAAACGAACCUUGAAAAGUUUCCUGGGGGCUAUUUUGCUGCAACUCAUAUGCCAACAUCCAGACUUGCUGGAUGAAGCCACCAGUCUUUAUCAAAAAUACGAAGCUAACUUCGGCAAUGCUAUCAGCAGCACCGACCUUCUCGCUCUGCUAACAACUUCGAUUCAAACUGUUGGCACCCUCGUGGUUGUGAUCGACGCUGUGGACGAAUGUACGGAACUUGAAGAUUUUGUCUCAGCCCUAGGCAGAAUUGUAGGAACAGAAGGUGCUAUAGUCCGAGUUAUCGCUACAGGUCGCCAUGACCACUCGCUUCAGAAACACAUGGGAACCAUGGCCGCUUACCGUGUCACGCUCGAACACAACAUUGGAGGCGACAUCAGUUCGUUCGUCCGCGCCGAGGUGAAUGCACGAGUUGCUGCACGCAAAAUCAGGAUCAGGUCUCCUGAGCUAAAAGCCCUCGUCAUCGAAACACUAUCUCGCGAAGCCGGUGGCAUGUUCCUUUGGGUGAAAUUCCAGUUAGACAUCAUUUCAAAAAUAACAAAUGAUAAAGCAAUCCGCGGGGCUCUCCGUGAGCUUCCCAGAGGACUGGAAAACACCUACAUCCGUGUUCUGGAACAAGUCAAGGAACAGAAUGCCCAUGACUUGGACGCAGUCUGCAAGAUGUUGAUGUGGCUUGUCUCAUGCUUGACACCUCUGACUCUGAGUCAGCUUGUCGAAGCCGUCUCCAUCAAGCCAAAUGACUCGGAGAGAGACCUUGAGAAGAUGGUCACCGACGAAAAUGAUCUCCUCGAGAUACUUGGGAGUUUGGUCGUUGUUGAUCGAGAUCAAGACGACCCAGUGGUGAGUCUGGCUCACUUCACUCUUUACGAGUUUUUAGUUUCACACCGGUUGAGAGGCCACGAAGCACUCUCAAUGUUCUUCAUCCCAGCCCGCGGCUAUCUGGAUGUCGGGUUGUCUCUUGUCCAAUAUCUGUCGUUCUCUGAUUUCAGGGAGCCUUGUGCAACCCAGGCUGAUCUGAUACAUCGCACAUCCUCCAACAAGCUAUUGCUACUCGCCGCAAGGCAUUGGUUUACACAAUUACGCGCUUUGGGUGGUCGAGGUCCGCUUUCCAACUACAUCCACAGGUUGCAAUGGUUUAUUGAGCCAUGCCGGAAAGGAGACUUUCACUUCGUCUCGUGGCAGCAGGCGUAUCACGGUUCUGUCUCGGACUUGCCUCAGACGAAUCCAUUGGUUUACGCACAUCGCUUCGGAAUGUCCAAUCUCUUCGACAUCCUGAUACAGAAGGGCGCCGACACCCAAGCGUUGUCCGAGGAUGACUACAGUCCUCUCGCGAUAGCGGUGAUCUCAGGCAAGAAGGAUCUUGUCGCAACCCUGCUUCAAUCGAAGCCCAGGCCAGACCUCGAAGCACAAUAUGGCAGGGGCUUGACCUGCCUCCAUCUCGCCGCCGAACGUGGGAAAGAGGAUAUCGUGCAUCUGCUACUGGAGGCCGGAGCUUCUCCCCACGCACGGAGCGUGUCUGGCACGACACCAUUGUAUCGCGCCGCUCGAGCCGGCUCGAUCGCCACGAUGGAGCUUCUGCUCAACGCUGACAGCGAGAUCAACGCGGAGACAUGGGACGGGUGGACCGCCAUCUUCGAAGCGAUCGAGAAUCACCACGUCGGCGCCACCCGGUGGCUGAUAGCCAGAGGAGCCGAUGUAAAGCGCAAGCUGGGCGUGGGUACUUCGGUCUUGGAAUUCGCCCAAUUUCACGAAAACGCAGAAAUCAUCCAGAUAGUCGAGGAGGUAUUGCGGUCGCCAUUGAGGACAUUUUGA